CUGCGGUGGCAGGCCUGGGACUUCGCCGGUACCGGGAUGCUGCUGGCUGUGUGGGGCUUCCUUAAGCGUCACAAGAGGAAAUGCUUCUUCUUGGGCGCUUUCCUGGGCGGUGUCUACGUACUUGGAAAAUAUGGGCAGAAAAAAAUGAAAGAAAUCCAAGAAAGAGAAGCAGCAGAAUACAUAGCACAAGCACGAAGGCAGUAUCAUUUUGAAAGUAACCAGAGGACCUGCAAUAUGACAGUACUGUCAAUGCUUCCAACUCUAAGAGAUGCUUUGAUGUAUCAGUUGAAUUCCGAGAGUCUCACUUCACUGUUGAAAAACAAACCAGUGAACAAGUUAGAAAUAUGGGAAGAUUUGAAAAUAAUAAGUUUUACAAGAAGCAUUGUUGCCGUAUAUAGCACAUGUAUGCUUGUAGUUCUUUUGCGAGUGCAGUUAAAUAUCAUUGGUGGAUACAUCUACCUGGAUAAUGCAGCAAUUUGCAAAAAUGGCACAACACUUCUAGCUCCCCCUGAAGUCCAACAGCAAUAUUUAUCCAGCAUUCAACAUCUUCUUGGAGAUGGCUUGACUGAAUUGAUUACUGUGAUUAAAAGAGCUGUGCAGGAUGUAUUUGGGAGCAUUUCUCUCAAACAUGCACUUUCCCUCUUGGAUUUGGACCAGAAGCUAAAAGAAAUUAGGAGAGCAAUAGAACAACCAGGAGAAACAUCACCUGAAGAAUUUGGAUCCCAGUUUCUGCUGUGUCAUUACAUGAUGCCUGAUGAGGAAAAUCCUUUAGCUUCCCAGGCCAAUGGACUUACAGAAAAAGAUGUUGCUACUAUUAAAUUACUUAAUGAAACAAGAGAUAUGUUGGAAAGUCCAGAUUUUAAUAGAGUUUUGAGUUCGUGCUUAAAUAGAGGAUUCAGUCGAUUAUUGGACAAUAUGGCAGAAUUCUUCAGACCCACUGAACAGGACAUAUGUCGUAAUGGUUCUAUGAACAGUCUUUCCAGUGUCAGUCUUCCUUUAGCCAAGAUAAUUCCAAUAAUAAAUGGGCAGAUCCAUUCAGUCUGCUGUGAAACACCCAGUCAUUUUGUUCAGGACCUGUUAAUGAUGGAACAAGUGAAAGACUUUGCUGCUAACGUUUAUGAAGCUUUCAGCACCCCUCAGCAACUAGAGAAAUGAAAUCCUUAGCAAGAUGUGCAACCUACAGCAUUCUUUGUGUUCAGUCAUUGUGAAUACUUCAUUUAAUAAGGAACCUCAUUAUCAGAAUGGUGUAGGAUUAUUCCCCCUGCAAAAAGAAUGCAUUUUAAAGGAGCUUUUAUACUGAGAUAGUGAUUGCAACACCUGACCAAAAUAAAAUUUAGUCAGAAAAGAAACUGCUGAAGCUUUUGCACUGAGGCAGUCUCUGUUACGAGUAACUUGUUUACAAAGAGACGGUGAAAAUCUAGCAUCAGCACUAAGGGUUGGAAAAUGGAUAUCUGGCUAUGUAAUUGUGCAGACAGCAACAAAAGUAGUAAGAUGGCAAGGUCAGGCUUCCAAUUCCCAAGACUGGAGGGAAGGAUGACAUUCCCAGCCUUUCUGAAUUUAGGGACAGUUCUCAGUCUACGAAAUUAAUUGCUGAUUUGUGAAUGGAAGUUCUUAAGAAUCAUAGUAGGACUGUCAGGAAGGGGAGUGAAUGACUCUGUGUCCCAGCUCUGUAUUCAGCAGCGCUUCCAGAUGACUAUUAGGAGUGGCUUCUGGGUGAAGCACCAGGAAGGUAAGACAGGAGUUGGCCUAUGUGCCCUCCCAACCCCUUUCAAGCUUGAGAAGCUCUGAUCAGUAGCUCAUCUUCAUGCUUUCUACUAUGGGAAAGGGGUUUGCGGGGAUUACAGGGAUGCCUCCUUCUCUCCUAGCUAUCUCAGCACCUUCAGGCCUCCAGUCCCCAAAGAAUGUGAGUGCAGCACUAUCACUUUUUGUGCUUUAGGUUUGGGCUACUGAUAGUAAGUAAAUGCAUGUAAUGAGGAUAUGUUGUUCUCCAAACAGUAUAAUGGGGAAUAUGUUUGCUAAUGCUCUGGAGUUGGAAUAGAUUGUUUCUAGUAAAUAUUAUGUUUACACUGUUUAUAAACAGCUACUGCUGUACACAGUCAUUUUGUAAAUAUUUUUAAUUUGUAUUAAUUGGAGCCCUAUGAAAUAGCCAAAUCACAAUAAACUAUUUUAACAAA